AACCAAACAAACAAACAAACAAAAAUGCUCAAACAGUGCUUCAUUGGCAUCGACGUCGGAACGGGCAGCGCGCGCGCAGGACUGGUCGCCGUGGACGGACGAAUGAUUGCCAAGGCGACUCGCGAUAUCAAGACAUGGAACACGCGGGACGACUACUACGAGCAGUCAUCGGACGACAUCUGGCAGGCCUGCGUCGAGUGUGUCAAGGACGUACUUGCACAAGCGAGCGCCUCCGAUGGCGUCCGGAAGGAGGACGUUCGCGGAUUGGGAUUCGACGCGACGUGCUCGCUGGUUGUGCUGGAUGAGGCAGCAGCACCGGUGACCAUCAGUCCCGACUCACUGGACAAUCAACGCAACAUUAUUGUGUGGAUGGAUCAUCGCGCGUCCAAGGAGGCCGCAGAAAUCAAUCAAACAAACCAUAACGUGCUCAAUUAUGUCGGCGGCAAAGUAUCGUUGGAGAUGCAAAUGCCAAAGCUGCUCUGGUUAAAGCGAAACAUGCAAGAGGCGUGCUGGACCCGGGCAGCUCACUUUUAUGAUCUACCGGACUUUCUUACCUUUCGCGCCACGGGUUCCAGCGUGCGGUCGCUGUGCUCGCUUGUGUGCAAGUGGACGUACAUGCACCACCCUGCUCAUGUUGCAGCGAACGCUGCCACUGUUGGGUGGUCGAACUCUUUCUUGCAGCAGGUUGGCCUGGACGACUUGGCAACUGACAAUUAUGCGCGACUCGGAACCCAGGUCCAAGCUCCUGGAUCGCCCAUCGCCAAUGGGCUUAGUGCAGCUGCGGCCGCCGAGCUUGGACUGCUUCCCGGCACCCCUGUUGCCACCUCUUUGAUUGAUGCACAUGCCGGAGGUGUGGGCGCACUUGGAGCUCGUUCGGACGCGUCGACGUCUGUCAACUUGCCCGAGCGAUUGGCCCUGAUCUGCGGCACCUCUUCCUGCCAUAUGGCACUGAGUGCCGAGCCUCUGUUCGUUCCUGGUGUAUGGGGUCCCUACUACUCUGCCAUGGUGCCAGAACUGUACCUGAACGAGGGAGGACAAUCGGCGACUGGCAAACUGAUUGACCACAUCAUUAAGCGUCAUGCAGCGUAUCCGGAGCUUGCCUCCCAAGCUUUGGCACGUCAACGUGCGCCGACUGCCCUCUUGACAGAGACGUUGACCGUGAUGGCUGCCAGGGCUGGUGUUCCGAUUGCAACCCUUUCCCGAAAUGUGCACGUCCUGCCGUACUUUCACGGCAAUCGCUCGCCGCUGGCUGAUCCAUCGCUUCGCGGCUCUAUCGUGGGACUCAGCUUGUCAGAAACGAUCGAGGACCUUGCCGUACUGUACCUGGCGACAGUACAAGCGAUUGCUUAUGGCACGCGUCACAUUCUCGAAACAAUGGCCAGUCGGGGUCACUCGAUCACAACUCUGGUGGCAUGUGGUGGACUGGCCAAAAGCAGUCUGUUUGUUCAACAACAUGCGGAUGUGUCGGGUUGCACCAUUCUGCUGCCCAAGGAAGAAGAGUCCGUUUUGCUCGGCGCCGCCAUCCUUGGUGCGUGUGGAUCACGUCAUUUCCCCUCCAUCCAAGAUGCAAUGGCCUCCAUGAGCGGAACAGCCAGCACAGUCACCCCAGACGCCACACUGCGCAGCUUCCACGAAGCCAAGUUCAAAGUGUUCCGACGCAUGCACGAGGACUUUUUGUUUUACCGCACCACGAUGGAAAAGACCGAGUAGUCAGUGGAAAUAGGGGGAAACAAAAAGCAAAAGCAAAACAUGGGAAUUCAAGUAAAAUACAAAUCAAUUUUGGUAGUG